AUGAGUGGAUACGCUCCAAUUGAACCUGACGUUCCCAUUGCUAAUGUCUCAGGAAAUAUGGCCAAUGGUGUCCUGGGAAACACUGGAGGUACCGGGAAUGCAUUGAGUUUAGAUCCAAAUGAAUGGACACUUUAUCAACGUCUUAAAGAAUCUUCACACCCUGUUGCAUUAUUAUUCUAUAUAGUUUUUAGAAUCUUACCCAUAUUCAUUUAUAUUUUUGGAACUUUCUUCAUAGGUUUCAUAACAGAGAAAAAUAGAUUUAUCUUACAUUUCAUUACGUUGAUUUUAUUGAAUGCAGCAGAUUUUUGGAAUUUGAAAAAUGUUAGUGGAAGAUUAUUAGUAGGAUUAAGAUGGUGGAAUGAAAUAAAUCAAAUAGACAAAUCAGGAAACUUUGAAAAUGUCUGGGUUUUCGAAACAGCAGAUCCCAAUAGAUACAUCAACCCCAUUGAUUCUAAAGUUUUCUGGAUCUUAUUAUAUGCUCAACCAUUAUCAUGGAUGUUUUUAGGAUUCUUAGCAGUGUUGAAAUUACAAUUUUUAUAUUUACUACUCAUAAUCAUAACAGUAUCAUUAUCAUUGACCAAUGCCAUUGCUUUCACUAGAUGUGAUAAAUUUGGUAAAGCAAAUGAUGUUGCCAAUGGGAUAUUUGCUAGAGCAAGAUCUUCAUUAUUUUCAAGAUUUAAUCCUUUUGGAUGA